AUGCUGGGGGCCGUGGCUUUCCUGAUACGGAUCUAUCUGACCGCCCUACGGGCAAUAUCCUGCGAUUCUCAAAUUCAGACCAAGAGUCUAGCCUGUCAACUGGAAAUCAUAAAAACAUAUGAGGAUUAUGAAUACAUAAAGGAAGGAGAUAUUAUCAUUGCAGGGGUGUUGACUGUGAAUACUCUCAUGGUGUCACUUAGCUAUCCGAUAGAAUUCUAUGACAUUAUGAUAUGUGUCGGUGUUCUUGCAAAGAAUUACAGGCAAUUUGUGGAUUUUCGUUUUGCUGUUGAGCAAAUCAAUAAUAAUUCAGCCAAAUUACCCAACCUGACCCUGGGGUACCAUAUAUAUGAUUCCUGUGGGGACCCCCGGAAGGCUGUGAGGAGCGUAUUACAGAUAUUAUCUGGUACCAGGGAGCCGGUUCCCAAUUACUCCUGUGUGGGAAAGAGAAACAUUGCUGGGUUUAUUGGGGAUGCAGCAUCGGAGACAACUGUACCCAUAGCCCAGAUCCUUAAUGUGUACGGUUAUGCACAGAUCAGCUACGGAGCUACAGACCCAUCGCUCAGUGACAGAAUCUCCUUCCCGUACUUCUUCCGGACGCUUCAAAGUGAUCACAGUCAUUAUUUGGCUUUAAGCAAGUUACUGAGAUAUUUUGAGUGGACGUGGAUUGGAAUUAUUACAUUUGAUGAUGACAGUGGAGAAAAAGAAUUUCAACUGUUGACCAACUACCUGUCCAUGGAAGGAAUAUGUGUUGAGUUCACUAUAAAGAUAGGCAAUUAUGUUGACAAUAUCGCAAUGUAUGAAAUAUAUAGUGAGAUCAUCCAGAAAUCCUCCACCAGUGUCAUUAUACUCUGUGGAACGGCUUCUGUCAAUUUUGCGGAGACAUUCAGAAACAUGACAGACAUGUUCCUCACAAAGACAUUAAUUGUUUCUUCAACUGUAGCAGCGAAUCACAAUAGUAUGGAUUAUUAUUUAGAAAUAUUCCAUGGCAGUUUGGGCUUUGUGCAGCAUUCAGAAUAUUCUCUAGACACUCCUGAGAUGAGAUCAUUCGUAGAGAGUUUCCAUCCGUUGAGAUACCCAGACGACAAACUACUGGAAGAUAUUUGGAUGCAAUGUCAUUUAUGUUUGUCAGAAGACCCAAGUAAAAAUGAUUUGCAUGAGAAGCUUUAUGCAUCUAAACUUCACAACUGUACAGGGCAGGACAAUAUUACCAACCUUCUCGGUAUUGAGAGUAAAUUGCAUUUUCCCCAUGUGCAUUUCGCAGUUCGUAUUAUGUCUGGGGCUCUUCAUGAAAUGCAAAACUCGCCUAGCGAGCAGACCACUGAAAAUAACACAAACGGGCAUUAUUAUAAGUACAAGCUGCAUCGCUAUUUGAAAAACAUUCGAUACAAAACAAUACAAAAUAAAACCAAAAUAUUUAAUGAGAAUGGAGAGUUAAUUGGUGAAUACUUGAUUUAUAAUUACAUCAUGGAUCCGGGCUCACAAAUAAUUGUGAAUUAUCUUGGAGUUUUCAAUCCCUGGGCACCGUCUGAUUGGAAGCUAGAGAUUCUAUCCUCUGAUAUACGCUGGAAGACCAGUGACGGCAAGAUCCCAAGAGCGCAAUGUUCAGACAAUUGUCCCCCCGGAUUCAGGAAGGCAACAAAGCCCGGAGCCCAGUCCUGUUGUUACGACUGUGUCCCGUGUCCAGCUGGAGACAUUUCUACUACUAUUGACAGCGAAAUAUGCACUCGAUGCCCAGACAAGGAAUGGCCCAAUGAGAAUAAGAAUCAGUGUAUCACCAAAACUGAAGAGUUCCUCACAUUCGAUAAUAAUAUGUCUUUGAUUUUUUUGUCCAUCUCAGUUUUGAUUUUUCUUGUAACUCUGCUGAUAUUAGGAGUCUUCAUCACAUACCAGGACACCCCCAUAGUGAGAGCCAACAACCGGAGCCUGAGCUUCCUCCUCCUUGUCUCCAUCAAGCUGAGCUUCCUCAGUGUGUUUCUGUUCCUCGGUCGCCCUGUGGAUAUAACCUGCAUGCUGCGCAUCAUCACUUUUGGAAUCACCUUCUCCAUAGCUGUCUCUUCUCUCCUGGCCAAGACUAUCAUGGUUUGUGUUGCUUUCAAAGCCACCAAGCCAGGGAGCUCAUGGAGAAAAUGGCUGGGAGUCAAACUGUCCAAUUCUGUAGUCUUGUUCUGCUCAUCCAUUCAAAUAAUCAUCUGCAUGACUUGGUUGGCCAUUUCUCCUCCCUUUCAGGAACUGGACAUUCACACUUCCCCUGGAACCAUCAUCAUUCAGUGCAAUGAGGGCUCAGCUAUUGGCUUUUACUCAGUUAUUGGGUAUAUGGGGCUUCUGGCAGCUGUUAGUUUUGUUUUAGCAUUUUUAGCUCGGAGCUUACCGGACAGUUUUAAUGAGGCCAAGUACAUCACUUUCAGCAUGCUGCUCUUCUGCAGUGUUUGGAUCACAAUGAUCCCGGCCUAUCUGAGCACCAAAGGCAAAAACACUGUGUGUGUGGAGAUAUUUGCCAUAAUCACCUCAAGCGCGGGGCUUUUAGCCUGUAUAUUUCUGCCCAAAUGUUACAUUAUUUUGUUCAGACCUGAAAUGAACACAAAAUCACAUUUACUUGGAAACAGAAUUGAAUAUGCUGUUUAA